AUGGAGUCUAUAGUAGCAGAUUCACUGAUUGAACACCUAGAGAAGCACAAUGUUCUGUCACCGAGUCAAUCGGGAUUCCGACAGAAGCGAUUCCGCGCUACCACUUCAUUGAUCGCACGAGAAAAAUGGACAAAAGCAGGUGUUGACGGCAACGCGGUAAACGUUACUUAUCUAGACUUCUCCGAAGCGUUCAACCAGGUGAACCACGACAUUAUGGGCGGAGACUCUAUUAUCACGGUAUUCGGGGCCUGA